GAGCGCAGCGGCACCAUGCCUGCUAUCAAGAAGGAGCGACUUGACAGGGAGGAGAUGGCCCUGGCUGCCUUUAACCAGCCCAUGGAGACCUUACCUGACUAUCUGGCCCCUUUAGCGGCCGCGGCCAUCCCGGUGGUGACCCCCCACCCUCCGGCUUACGACCAGAUCUUUGCCCACCACCACCGUGCCUACCUGGGCUUCCCCGAGACCCACCACCCGCACCACCCCCAUCACCACCUCCCCGAGGACCUGAUGCUGGAGCGCUUUUCCUCCAUCCCGGAUUUCCAGCCCUUCUUUGACAACGGGGAGCCGUGCAUCGAGGUGGAGUGCGGCGAGAACAAGGCGCUGCUCUACAUCAGUAAGUUAUGCCAGGGCAGCAAAGGACCCUCCAUCCGGUACCGGGGAGAGUGGCUCACCCCUAACGAGUUCCAGUUUGUCAGCGGCAGGGAGACCGCCAAGGACUGGAAGCGGAGCAUCCGGCACAAAGGGAAAAGUUUGAAGACUCUUAUGUCCAAAGGAAUCUUACAGGUACAUCCUCCAAUCUGUGAUUGCCCUGGGUGUCGAAUUUCGUCUCCAGUGAACCGGGGUCGCCUGGCCGAGAAGAGAACGAUCCCUCUGCCUCCCACCAGGCUCCCAAAGAAAGAGCUGACCUCCAUUUUCUCACAUAGCGACGACAGCGAGGAGAGUGACAAGGCCAAUGGUCAACACCCCGAAGUGAAGCAGGAGGAGGAUCUGCAUAUCAGUAUCAUGAAAAGAAGGAUACACACCCACUGGGAUUUAAACAUCUCCUUCCGAGAGACCUCUUGCAGCCGUGAUAACGACCUCUCCACCAUCAUCUCCAACCUGCAUCAGAGCCGCCAACUCGUUAUGCCAGAGACCCAGAGUCGCUGUGAAUUCAAGAGAAACAGCAUCGACGUCGGCUUAGGAGCAGCAGAUGAAAUUUUAGGCAGGAGAAGAGUAUGUUCUCCCAACAGCAGCAGUGAGUGUCCUUUAGAAAGCAAGAAAACCCGAAGCGAGUCCCCAAAGGAAAAUUCCCACACGCCCGUGCUUGAAGACUCAGUGACUCAGAUGACCCCAGAGGAACACUACAGACGGAUGAUGUCAGCCCUGAACGAACACAGCACCUUUGAGGAGCAGCAGCAGCAGCGCCUCUACCAGUUGGCCAACAGCAUGGCAGUCCCCAGCCACGGUGAUCUGCUCCGAGCGCGGCAAGAGGCGGCGGCGCGCAACCCCGGGGCCAUGGAGGCGCAUCUCCCCUCGGCCAGCAACUCGUCCAGCCAGCGCCGGAAACAGGGGCUCCCCCAGCACCGCGACACGCACUUCCCCGAGAGGAGCCUCUCUGGGGCCGGAACAGCUGGCUGGGAAACCCAUGGUCAAUGGGAAUAUCAGAAGCUUUUGGAGGAGCAGGGCAGGAGAGGGAAUGGCAGACCCAACUGUCUGUCAAAGUGCAGCAUGUGCACGCCCUUGUGCUGGUGUGAGCACCCAGGUCCAGCCAGCAGGAGUCUCACGGCGAACUCCUUUGUCUCAAGGGACAUGUCCCACCCACCGCCUCUGCUGUCACCCCAGAAUGCCCCCCACAUCGCGCUAGGGCCUCACUUGAGACCUCCCUUCCUGGGGGUGCCUUCAGCUUUGUGCCAGACGCCAGGUUACGGGUUUCUGCAGCCGGCACAAGCAGAGAUGUUUGCACGGCAGCAGGAGAUGCUGCGGAAACAGAAUCUUGCCAGGCUUGAGAUGUCGGCCGAGAUCAUCCGCCAGAAGGAGCUGGAGAAUCUCCAUCGACAGAGGCUACUGGCCGGCGACCCGCUGAGCCUGCACCCGGGCUUACCCCAGGACCACCCGGCCUUGCGGAACAUGCACGACAUCCCCGAGGGGCACCCUCUGAGGGACGAACUUUCCCGGAGGAAUGCCAUGCUGGUGCUCCGGCACAACAACACGCCGCUGCUGUCGCUCAACCAUGGGGUCCCCAGCACCACCCCGCCCAAGGAGCAGGGCCGGAGGGGGAGCCGGAAAUCAGUGCACCACCGGGCCGAGCCUCCGGGUCUGCACGAGGCCAAGGAGCUGGCCGAGCCCCGGGCCCGGGAUGGCGUGCCCGACUGCAACGAUGAGGAGAUGAAAGACUCGGAGAGCGAUGCUGAAGUGAGCGACGAGAAGCCGGAGAGCCUGAAAGCUGAGAGCAGCAGCUCAGCCAGUGAACUCAAAGAGUGCAAAGAGACAAGCAAGGUCUACGAGGGGGCCAAGGAGCUGAGCGAAGUGGCUUCUGGCCAGAAUGCCCCCUGCAGCUCCUCAAGCACUGAGUCACCCAGCCACCUGCUCGGCCCAGGCAUCAAUAAAAAUGAGGUGAAAUACCUCCCUCCGGCCUCCAUCCCACCACCUCAGCCGCUGCCCUUCGGAUUCCCUUAUACAAUGAGCCCCUAUUUCCACGCAGGCGCCAUGGGAGGUCUGUUCUUGGAUGGGGAGGAGAGCCCUGCGCUGGAAGACAUCAGCAAAUGGACAGUGGAGGACGUCUGUAACUUUGUGGGCAGUUUGUCUGGCUGUGCCGAGUACACUCAGGUAUUCAGGGAACAGGCUAUCGAUGGCGAGACGCUGCCUCUCCUGACCGAAGAGCACUUACUGAACAACAUGGGGCUCAAACUGGGGCCAGCUCUGAAGAUCAGGUCACAGGUGGCCAAGAGAGUUGGCAGGGUUCUCUACAUGGCAAGCUUCCCCAUGGCAUUCCCGCUGCAGCCCCCUGGCUUACGGCCUCCAGACCGAGACCUGGCACCCGCUGAGCUCCGCCCAUCCUCUACAGGCAGCGUAUCCUCCCCCUACAGCAGCAGCCUGCUCCCCGCUAGCCGCAUCUCACCAAAGCAGGAAAAUGGAAACCCCUCGUUAAUGGCUGGAAUCAACGACACCACGAAACCUCCAUCGUAA